GAUAACGAUAUUAUCAUGUGCCUGUAUAAAAGACGUUACUUAGCCUGUACUUUAUCUAUACUUCUUACAGACUUCUGCAGUAAGGAACAGACAUGUUUGCAAGAUUCUGUUUGGUUCUACUGGUUGUGUGUCUGGCUGUUGGGUCGGUUGCGGCAAACCCUGAAAAACGGUUAUCAUGUAGCGGCAUCGGCGGCAUUAGGGGAUGUGCAGCGCACUGUGGCAGUCAUAGCGGAUAUUGUGACUCGAACAACAAUUGUCAUUGCUAUUCGCCUGGCAAAUAACCAUCCAGUAAAGAAAAGCAACCGGACAAGAACCAUUUGUGUACCAGUCUUUAAAAUAAAAGAUGAGAUUUUAAACUUUUUCGCUUUAUUUUACACCUUGUAUUUUUGCAUCAAAUACUUAAAAUAGCUUAAACAAAAGAUA